AUGUCCUGUCAGCAGAGCCAGCAACAGUGCCAGCCCCCUCCCAAAUGCAAGACCCCAAAGUGCCCUCCAGCCUCUUCCUGCUGUAGCCUGGGUUCUGGGGGCUGCUGUGGCUCCAGUUCUGGUGGCUGCUGCAGCUCUGGAGGUGGCAGCUGCUGCCUGAGCCACCACAAGCCCCGAUUCUCUCUUCGUCGCCGACGUCACAGCUCUGGAUGCUGUAGCAGUGGUAGCAGCAGUGGUUGCUGUGGCAGCAGCGGGGGCAGCAGUUGCUGUGGCAGCAGCGGGGGCAGCAGCGGGGGCAGCAGUUGCUGUGGCAGCAGUGGUGGCAGCAGCGGGAGCAGCAGUUGCUGUGGCAGCAGUGGUGGCAGCAGCGGGAGCAGCAGUUGCUGUGGCAGCAGUGGUGGCAGCAGCGGGAGCAGCAGUUGCUGUGGCAGCAGUGGUGGCAGCAGCGGGGGCAGCAGUUGCUGUGGCAGCAGUGGUGGCAGCAGCAAUGGCGGCAGCGGUCACCAACAGCAGUCUAGGUGCUGA